CUGGAACAGGUUAAAACGAAAAAUUGUACAUAGAUUGUUUUUUAAGUUUUAAUUACAAAUGAGUAAGGGUCCAGGUUUAUACCAGGAUAUUGGCAAGAAGGCCAGAGAUCUUCUCUACGGAGAUUAUGCUCAUCAUCCAAGAACCCAUUUUGGUUACAAGGACAUCAGGUGGAAUUUUGAUCUCUCCUGUCAAACUCCAGAGAUUUUGCCAGGAGUCUCAACAUAUUUCAGAUUCUUAGUUCCUGAUUCUGGCAGAGUGGAACUGAGAUUCUUGCACGAGUAUUUCGGGAUCGCUGCAGGUGUUGGAGUAAAAUCAUAUGAAGAGGGAUCUUUCAAAGGAGAUGGAUAUUUCCCUGUUGUGAACUUGUCAGGUGUGGCAGGAAAUACUCUUUUCUCCCUUGGGACUGACAUUACCUUCAAUGUAGCACAAGGAUCAUUUGAUGAAUUCAGUGCUGGUAUGAGUUUCAACAGUCCCUUCAUUAUCUCUUCCGUGAACUUGGAUGACAAACUUGACGCUGUAAAAGCUUCCUGUUACUAUUCAUUCAAUCACCUCACCAGGACUGCCGUUGCAGCAGAGUUGAAGCAUAAUUUUUCGACAACUGGAAGAACCACAAUUACAUUUGGUGCACAACAUUCCAUGUUCCCAUCUACAUUGAUGAAGGCUCGAGUGAACACUGAUGCCAAACUCGGUGCACUCUUUAAGCUGGAAAUGUGGGAAAAACUCCUCAUAGCUUUCACUGGAGAGAUGGAUUUCAUGGCUUCAGAUUCGGACAAGAUCUCCAAACUUGGAGUUUCUAUGGCUUUCAAUCUCUAGAGCAAUUUCACCUGGAAAAAUAUAAUAAUACUGCCAUUUCAUAUUAUGGCAGCCUGGUUUUUUACUAUAUGGAUACACUCCAAGAUUUAUGUAUAGGUCCCUUUUCUUAUAUAAAUAGAGGGGAAAGUGAGUGGAAAAUGUAAACAGACAUACAGAAGACAAAUACGAAGGCAUCUGCCUCAGCUACUUUGAUGCAUAGUA